AUGGAAGCAUUAAAACAAUUUAUGUACAAAGUUUUUUUUCAAAAUACACCUGAAAAUAUUUCAGAUUCAAACGAACAUAAUAAUUGUAUGAUAUGUCUGUCUAAAAUUAGUCCAACUUUUCAACGUCCAAUUAUAAUUUUGACAUGUUAUCACUUCUUUCAUGUCAAGUGCAUUAAUCGCUGGGCUUCUGGAUCGGAAUAUACUUGUCCUAUUUGUCGAAAUAAACAUUUAGAAAAUACUUCAGAAUCAGAAAACUUUACUACAAAUACUAAUCAGCAAGUUAAUCCAAUCGAAUCUACUACCGUGAAUACAUCUAUAUCUAUGGAAUAUACUCCAAUUGAACCUACCACUAUAAAUACAUCUACAUCUAUGGAAUAUACUCCUACUACUGUAAAUACAUCUAUGGAAUAUACUCCAAUCGAAUCUACCAUGAAUACAUCUAUAGAAUCCACUUCUAUACCUUUAGUAUUAAUCACCAAUCCCUGUAAUCUUACUACAUCUACAAGUGAUCUAGCUAUAUCGAGUACUAACUCUAACAAUCCUGCGUCUACAAUCGCCAACUCUAGUAGCCUAGCUAUACCUAUCACUAUUAAUAUCUCUAAUGCAUCCAACUCUGGUAAUUCUACUAGGUCUACAUUAUCUACUGAAUCUAGUAGCUCUACUGCUGACCUAAGAAAAGAAAAAAAUUUUUUAGAAAUUCUUGCGAAUUUAAUUACUCCUAUUGAAGAAAUAUCUAGAGUUAGUAGUAGUAGUGAAGAAGAAAAUAGUGGAAAUAUAACAUUGAGUUUAGUUCAGCUUUAUAAUAAAGCAGAACGUUCUCAAAAGCGUGCAAUAUUAGCAAACCAGGCUGAAAUAUGGUCCUG